AUGUCCCACCGUACAGUACCCGGCCCGACCCGCGGUGCUGUCCGCUUUGGGGGGGCGCCGCCGCCGGGACACCCGUCGGGAGCGGCAGCAGCAGCGCCACCGGCAGCGGCAGUGGCGGGGGAGCAGACGGCACUGGACCAGCAGCCGCUACACGAUGAGAAGGCCAUGCGCCGCGCGUUCGCCUGCGAGCAGGCUGCCAGCUGGGCGGCGGGCGACAGGUGGACCAGCGUGGUGCUCGCCGGCCUGCUGCUGCUCGGGCCCGUGCCCCGCCUCCUGCGCCAAUCGGCGAGCGCCAGCCGGCUGGCGGCUUCCCUGCUGGAGGUAGCAGCGCUGGCGGCCCCCGGCGUGCUGGCACACACAGCCCCAGCUUGGUACCAGCCGCGGCGCAGCUGGGUGGUGGCCACGUGCCGCCUGGCCAGUAUCCACCUACUGGUGCUGGUGCUGCCACCCUCGCCGCCGCCUACCGCUGCCUGGGGCGGCGCCAUCCGCUUCCUGGCCCAAACCAGAGCGCUGGGGCUGCCGCUCUUCGCUUGGGCCAACCGCCUGCCGCUCCAGUGACUGGUCUGGGUGCACCUCGCGGGGACGGUGGAGGCGGCCCGCCUGUCCUACACCAUCGUGUGCCAGGCGCCGGCCUUUUCCGGCGAGGCGGCGCUGGGCCCGCUGCGCCGAAUGGCCCACGCCAUUGAGACUCUUGCCCACUGGUCGCCCCUGCCCAUCCUGCUGCCGCCUGAGCCAGCGAGCGCGGCGAGCGAUGGAGUCUGCCUGUGCCGGCAGGUGGCGCUGUGGGUGUUGAUCUGCCUGGGCUACGCCCUGCCCCUGGUGUGCCAAUACAUGGGCCACACGGCGGCGCUGCAGGCCUUUCUGCGCCGGUGCUGCCAGCAUGAGCCUCCCAGCGAGCGCCACGCUGCCCUGCUGGCACCACACCUCACCACCCUGGCCUUCUGUAUGGCGUUUCUGCUCCUGGCCUUCUGCGCCGUCAGCUGGCAGCUGCUCUCCGCGGGGCCGAUAGCGGCAUGAGAGCCUCUGCAGACAGCUGUCUGAGACACGCUGGUUGCAAGCUGCUUGACACUCACCCAUUUCAUUUGCACCACUGACUGGCCACUUCAGUUACUGAGUGUGAUUACAUGAGCAAUGCAAGCAAAGGACAAC